AUGGAUCCCGAAAUUCGCAAGGCAUUUGAAGAGGUUCAGCGCCAGAGCCAAGAGACGGCGGUAAAGGUGCAGCUCACCGAGCAACAAAUUCAAAAGUACUCGGGCGACAAGCGCCGGGCUGAGCUUACGCUUGCGGAGGUGAACCAGGUUCCCGAGGAUACGCGACUGUUUCGGGCGGUUGGCAAGUGCUUUGUGCUUGAGACUCGUUCGACAGUGGUGUCUGGCCUGGACAACAAGGUGGCCGAGUGCGAGAAGGAGGUGGCAUCGCUCCAGAACAAGCGCAAGUGGAUGGAGGAGUCCCUCGCCCAGAGCAAAGCCAACGUCGAAGAGCUUUUGCGUCAGCGACAGGAGAUGGCCUCUUCGUAA